UUGUUUAUAUUCGUUAUAAUCUUUUUUAAUAAUGCUAUCAUGUUUUGUAUUUUUCUGGGGUUUCUUCAACUUGUUACCUUUAACAUCUUUUAAGAUUUAUCUGGUUAGUUAACAAAUUCCCCCAUAUGAUCCUAGUAACGAUCAGGUAGUCCUGAAAACCGGAAAAUAUGCAAUCAUUGCACGCCCAAGUCUCCAUCUUUUACCCAAAAAAACGCCCAAUUUUCGAAUUUUCAAAAGGAAUGGCCCAUACAGGUUUCGAACCUGUGACCUUCGCGUUAUUAGCACGACGCUCUAACCAACUGAGCUAAUGGGCCUUUUGAUAUAUUCGAAGAACGUAACCAAAUGGAUUAAACAAUUACGUCUUCCUGGACAAUCAAAACAAGACCAUUGGACUCUCCGCUUCUUCGUCUGCAAACAAAACAUCUUCUCACUCUCUUCUUCUUCUUCCCUCUUUACUGUGAUAAUAAUGGCUACUGCAUCCAACUCGGUACUCUUCCUGAGCUCUGACUCACUGAGUCAUCAUCACAACCAUACCAGAACCCACCUCCAUCUCUCCUCCUCUAGAUCCCAUUCAGUUUCUCUCAACCGUACCAAGCAACAAUCCACUUCCCUGGCGCUUCAUUGCUCCAACAAUGGCGAUAACGUCUCAUCCCCAAUCGAACUCAAGUUCCCAACGUUUCCAACGGUCAUGGACAUUAACCAGAUCAGAGAGAUACUGCCUCACAGGUUCCCGUUUCUGCUGGUGGAUAGAGUGAUCGAGUAUACACCUGGCGUUUCAGCUGUAGCUAUCAAGAACGUUACAAUCAAUGACAACUUCUUCCCUGGUCAUUUCCCUGAUCGACCCAUCAUGCCUGGUGUUCUUAUGAUUGAGGCGAUGGCGCAAGUGGGAGGAAUAGUAAUGCUGCAGCCGGAAGUAGGAGGAGGGUCUCAGGAUAAUAACAUCUUCUUUGCUGGUAUUGAUAAAGUGAGGUUCCGCAAGCCUGUGAUCGCAGGAGACACGUUGGUGAUGAGGAUGACUCUUGUCAAGUUCCAGAAACGGUUCGGGCUUGCUAAGAUGGAAGGUAAAGCUUAUGUGGGUGGCUCUUUGGUCUGCGAGGGCGAGUUCAUGAUGGUUUCUGCUGGCAGUUCUUGAUCUCACUCGCUAUAUAUGUUUGUUCUCUUUACCCUUUUGUCUUCUUUAUUGAAUCUUCACAGACGCAUUGAAAUAGAGCAGAUUGUGACUAUAUAUAGAAAACCA